AGUGGGGAACUAGACUCCGUCAGGUUUACAACUUCCAACCCAACUGACUCCAAUUUCUCAGUCACGAACUGACUAUAGCCUCACGCAAGGUUCUCGCGUACAGCUACGAAAAAUUAUACGAAAUCGAGAGCGCUUGAAAGUUUUCUGCAAAAGGAAGUUUUUGGUUUUAUUGGAUCAAGGAUUUACAGUGCUUUUGUGGAUUUUUUUUGGAAAUUGUGAGUGAGAAAAUUUUGUGAAAAUGGAAGUGGAAAGAAUUUUGGUUAUUUUGUGCCUAUGUUUUCUUUUUGGAAGUACCGUUAGCAAAAAAGGCUCUGCAUCUCAGCCAAUCGCUCGUGGCAAAUCUGAGAACUUCGAGGAAAUUUACGGAGAUCUGGCAGAAGAUGAUAUACAAAAUGAUGAUUAUUACGGGGGAGAUUACGAUGAGAAUGCUGAGGAAACAAAUGAACGUGGAGGCGUCGUAGAACAUGUCGAGUUUCAAACACAACCUCAAACAUUUAUUGGAAAUGUCGGAGAUACCAUAAGGAUGCCUUGUUCUGUUUCAAAUACAGAUGUAGUAAAUACUUGGCAAAGAGAUGAGACUUUACUUUAUCACGGUCACUCACCCAUUUCUCCAGAAAAAUAUCCCAACAUACGGGAACUCGAAGUUAACAAUACUUUAGAAGUUAAUAUCAGCAGUAACGCAGAUUUUGGUAACUACGCUUGCGUACUUAUACUCAGCAACAAUCCCAAGGAUAAUCCGAGGAUAGUCCACAGAUUAAUGCAUCCAGUACCUCCAAUAAUUACCGGAAUUGUGACAGACAGUAACAACAGGACUGAAUAUGUUCCUGGUGAGACCCUUAAGAUGACAUGUGUAGCAAGUGGUCUGCCUAAACCAACCAUAUCCUGGCAUAAAGGAAGUGAAAGAUUAGAGGUACAAGGGGAUACUCUCACAAUUCCCAACUUAUCUGAAUCCGAUGAAGGUACUUAUAGAUGUUUGGCUGAUAACGGUCUUCAAAAACCCAGUCACCACCAUAUCGCAAUCCGUAUUUCUCACGCUCCGAGGAUAAAAAUUGGACAAUAUCUAGUAACGGCCAACAAAGAAAAAGAUACCGAACUCGUAUGUACAGUGGAUGCUUAUCCAGCUGUUCAACCUAUUUGGAAGAAAGGAAACGAAAUAUUGAAAACUGAGGAAAAUAGAAAAAUCAUAACAAAGAGAAGAGAACAGUACACUGUUGAGAGUAUAUUAGUUAUUUCGAAUUUGACAGAUGAAGAUUUUACAAAUUACACAUGUACCGCAGCAAACGAAAUGGGAAAAUCUGAACAAGUUGUUAGUUUAAUUAAAAUUCCUGCGGUUAGAGAAUUUAUAAAACCAGAAAAGAGUUACAAAGAUGUCGUUUUGUCGUGGAAAGUUGAAUCAAAAUCACCAAUUGAAACACAUGAAAUUCAAUACAGGAGAAAAGGAGAAGUAGCGUGGAGAACAGCUGUUCCUGAAGUAGUAAAUGGCAAAGACGAUAUUUACACGGUAAAAUACAUAUUGAAAGAUUUAGAUGUAGGUUCAUACGAAACGAGAAUACGAUCUAAGAACGAACACGGUUGGUCAGAAUUUUCUGAAAUAAUGCCAUUCGAAGGAGUGUUGGCUAAACCCGGCUCAUCAACUCACAAAAAUCACCACAAAAAACACCACAAAGAAAAAGAAUUGAGAGAAAAACAAGACGUCCCAUCCGCACCGCAACAGCAAGAAAUUAGUCAGAAAGAAGCACCCGUAGGAGAAUCAAAACCACCAGGCGGCUCUUCCAUUAAAACUUCAGCUUCUGCAUCUAUUUUGAGUAUAUCAUUGAUCUUCCACUUCUACCUAAGGCAGUGAAGUAACGAACUUCAAACAAUGGACAACCGAAUAUCUUCCAUGCACUGGUAGCUUAAAUACAAGAGAAAAACCAAAGUAUUUGACUAUUCUAGAAUAAGUAAAUUAUGAACUAUUACACUAUAAAAAAUAUUCAAGUCAAAAAACAAAACAAACUCGGGUUUGGAAUUAAUCGAUAACAAAACAUUUUACAAGGCAGAAUCUGAAAAUUUCGUUUUUUUUUUACUUUUUUUUUGAAAACACAAAGUCACGUUUUUUAUUCUUUAUUUUGAUUGGCAUGGUGGCUUUCUUUUUAUUUCCAAACUUUGUAAUUUACCCUUGUAUAUAAUUCCUUUAUUUUGUGUUUAGUUACUUUUUUCUAUAUUUUUCAAUUAUCAUAGAAGUAUGCAGCGCUAAAAACUACUAGCAAAUAGUUAAUGUGCUAUAGUUUUUAGUACGAACUUGUUCUGUGAUUUAGCUGUUAUUUUAAUAGACAGGAUUUAUCUAAGUUUGGCAAAAAAUAUUUGUAAAUUGUUAGAAUAAGAAGGAGAAAACAUACUUACUCAAUCUAUAAUAAUAUAUUUAGAAAUAGAAUUGUUAAGUAUUUAAAAUAUCUUAUUCUAUAAUUCAUUUACCCUUUUGGUUUCAAUAUUGACCUACAAAUUUAAAAAAUCUAAUAUCUGCAAAUAUUUUUUGUAUAAAAUAUAGCCAUAUCAGAAUCAAUAUCAUGAAAUCAAUUUUUCUCUAUAACAAAGUAUUUGUUUCAUUUAUUCUGUAGUGCAAUAUACAUUCCAGAUUGAUUGAACUUCAAAAUUGAUUGGUUUUAUCUAAAUUUAUAACAGUCGUAUAAUUUUUUAUCCCCAUUUCAGAAGAAUAAUCUAACUUCAAAUUUAAAUCGAUAUGAUAGGGAUGCCAAAAGAGUAGUGAUACUUACUUGUAGGUAUUUAUUUCCACUGCAAGUAGCUUCGCCAGUUAGUUCAACCAGCUUCAACAAAAGCGAAUGAAAAUAUAUAGAAAUUGAUAUUGAAAAGUAUUGUUCUGGGCAAUAAAAAUAAAAAUGGCUCAAAGUUUUCAAUUUUGAGCUUUCAGUGUAAAAAUUGUUAGUUUCAAUAUUAUCAAAAACAAACAAAUAUUUUAAUGUGGACAAAAUUUACAAAAUGUUCAACUCCUGUUUACAAAUACUCGACUAAAGAUUGUUGUAUUGUCCUAAAAAUAUUGUAAGCAAACCAAAUACAAAAAUAAUAUAAUAAGAACAUACUAGAACUACAGAAAAAGUAAUAUAUUGAAAUACAACAAAGAGUUGGCACUCUAAGGUUAACAGUGGUUUAAAUUUUAACAAAGGCUUAAUGCUGUUUUUUGAAUUGAAUCUGUGUUAAACCAAGUUUAAAAGUUUUUAAGCUAUCAUUAUUUUAAACCCUCGAAACCGGCGAAUAAAACUUAAUCGUUAAUCUUUAGUUUCUAACCUAAAAUUCAGGUAAUUUUGUGUUGAAAAACACAACAAAACCAAUAAUUAUCGCUAUAGGUAUUACACAAUAUUAUUGUCUCUGCUCUCAUAAGUAAUAAGACAUUCUUUUGGUUAACCGUGUUAAAAGAAGUCAAAAAAUGGCAGCAGUGAAAGCGACAAAAGCGUUUUACAAAAAUGGAUUUGUAUUGGAUAUAUGUAUCGUCAAAAAUAUAUAUUCUCUCUUAUUCUUGGUUUAUGUAGCAAAAAAAUAAAAAAAAUUAUGUAGCAAAAUAAAAUCAUUAAAAAUUAAUGCAAAAUACAUCGUUCUCUAAAAAAGUAUAAACUAGGCUAAAUAUUGCAAUGGCUUUUGUCCAUUUUCAAUAUUAAUUUUUCAUUAAUUUUAUUAAUCAAUGAUAAGAGCAUCUUUAGUAGCAAUUUACUCUAGUAGUAUCAAUAAUUAGCUGUAAUAUAAUAAAGAAUAAAUUAUUUUCUAAAAAUCUGAACAAACGACUACUAGAAAUAUAAUAAUUCUUAGCAAUUAAAAAUAGAUGUAGUUAAAAAAAUCUAUUUCCUUUUUUUGAAAAUAUCACUUAUAAAAAUCAAUUGUUCAAAUGCCUUACACUCAAAUGUUUUGGACAAAAAUUAUUAAUAACUAUUCAUCAAUAAACUAUAAAAUAUAUUUUAAAUUCCCUUAUUAUAUUCCAGCCUUAAUUGUUUAAUAAAUAAAAACAUGCUACCUAUUAUUAAUCAAGGAUGUAAUAAAAUAUAGAUUAUUAGUUUUUUGAUGAAUAUGAAUAAUAUUGUCUAUUUCGGAUUCAAAAAUUUGGCAAAUAAAAGAAUUUGAACGUUGAAUUAUACAAUAAAGUCUUAUUAGAACGUAUUUAAUGUUAGUAAUGAUUUAUUUAUAUGUAAUGGAAGUAUAAAUAGUUUUUAAUAUUUUUACAAACGACUACUAGAAAUAUAAUAAUUCUUAGCAAUUAAAAAUAGAUGUAGUUAAAAAAAUCUAUUUCCUUUUUUUGAAAAUAUCACUUAUAAAAAUCAAUAAUAAAUUCAGGCACUCCAUAAAUUGUACUAAUUUAACAUAAGGAACACUCGUAUCCCACCACAAUAAAUAUUUUUUGAAGUAUAUGCUGAGUUGCCUAACUUGCUGGAUGGAAUGAUUUGUUAUUCUAUAGGAAAGAUUUUUAAAAGACAUAAAAUACCUUAAUCUAUUCUGGUUGGCUAUAUUUAUAUAGACAGAUUUGGUAAAUUUCUUGAGUAUGUUGUAAUUUUUGAUUGGUUUGUUGAUUCCUUAAUCCGGAAGGACAAUCUGUAGUGUUGCCAUAUUGUAAUAGUUAUUAUACAUACAAGGAAUCAAUGAAUUGACAUUAUAGUUAACAUAUUUACUAAGUAAUAAUAUCAAAAAACAAUUAGUUUUAUAUGAAUUUGACUCUCAAAACCAAAAUUUCAGAUUGCUUGAAAAACCAUUAUUUAACUUUUUGUUGAAUAAAUUUUCUUUGUACUGAAAGUAGUGGUGGAUAAUUAAUAUUUUAUCCAAUCUGGGACUUUGUUUUUUGAUGAUAUUAGUCAUGUUAAUGCAUAUUAUAAGUUACCUGUUACUAUUUUAUAAAAUCUUAUUGUUAAGUUCGGUCAGUAUUUUAAUUGUUUCUCACCUUUUUCCAAAAAUUUUUUAGUUCUCCGUCUAGUCUGGAUUUUUUGACGAAUAUACAUCUUCAUAUAGCACGAUAUCUAAUCAUUUUUUUUUCUAUAUGGGAACUAUGAAAUAUAGUUUAUAUACGAGGUAUGCACAAUAAGAAAAAGUAAUUCAAAAUUUUGAUCUCCAUAUUUUCUUUAUCGUAAUCUAAAUGCCUAACAUACAAUUAUAAACAAGUUGAAAAUGUGUCCAGAUUAGUAUAACAAACAAACAGAGCAAUAAGCAGGACAUUGAAAAUAUACUCAUUUUAUUAUAAGUUUGGGUAAUCUUGACUAUUUUAUCAUUAACUAUCUUAUUAGAGACUCAUUAAAUGAUUAGUUGCCCACAAAUGACAAGAAUUUCUCCUAUACUUUCAUCCAUUCACAAUACAAACAGGAUUUGAUACCCUUCUAUUCUGAAAUCAGAAAUAUUCUCAAUCCUCAGUAUUGCAUCAAAUGUAUAUUCAUAUUUAGCAUAUGUUAGCAAUAUGGAAUGGGGUUAAUGAGUACGGCCGUACUCUUACACGAAAAUAUGUUUGUUAUAAAAUUUAAUGCUUAAUGUUUUGCUAUAACAAUGAUAUCUCAAUAAUUUUGUUAUUUCUCAAUUUGGAACAAAACUAGAAUGAAAAAUCUGAAACUGUCAAGAUUAAAGUCAAACAUUAUUUCUUAAGAAUAAUCUCUAUGUACAUUAAACUAUAUUUUUGAAUUCCCAAUUUUUAAAUUCUAUUUAAUAUAUGAUUGUACAUAUUACUUUAAGUUGUAGUUUUGUGUGAUGUGACGUAUUUAUAUUUUACUAUAUAAUAUACAUAAUGUACUACCAGAAUGCCUAACCAAGUUCCCUAUAAUUUCAUUACGUAAUUCUUAUUUAAAAAAUAUACACUUUAAAGUUGCUAUUAACUUCAAAACAUGAAAAAUUUUCGUAUUAAAUUAUUAAAAGUGGUACUUAUUUUGGAACAAAUGUCUUUAAAUUUAUCGUCAGGAAGUUAUUUAAUACUUAACUCUUUUAUGUAUUUUAACCAUAACACAGACAGCUCUUCAUCAGUGAACAGGUUUCUUGAUUAAGUUUGAUUACUUAUUAGAAGAUUACUUAUUAUUACUUACUAUAGAAGCCAUAAAACUCCAUAUAUGUAGUAUAUGGGCAGUUGGUAUGGGAAAAAACGUUCCUAUGUAACGACGCCGACAAUAUUCAUUUUCUCUCUCGUUCGAGACACUUUAUCUAUACUGCGCAUGCUUGAGAAUGCGCAGAACCGAGCUGGUGUCUCGGAAGAUAGAGAAAUCGUUGCCAUUCUGUCUUCAUUAGUCGAAACAGCUUCCACUUAAAGAAAAUGUCCAUAUAGAAGUAUUACAUAUAUGCAAAACUUUUCAUUUUUACCUCAGCAACAGAUGCAGAGCUUGUUUCUGUGUAGUAAUAAACAGAUUAUUUCAAACAUGAAAAUUAUUUUUGUUAAGAUUCGCAGUAUCUUUCAGGUGUAGGUACUUAUCUUGAACUGACUUGGGGAACUGUUCAAAUGCCUUACACUCAAAUGUUUUGGACAAAAAUUAUUAAUAACUAUUCAUCAAUAAACUAUAAAAAUAUAUUUUAAAUUCCCUUAUUAUAUUCCAGCCUUAAUUGUUUAAUAAAUAAAAACAUGCUACCUAUUAUUAAUCAAGGAUGUAAUAAAAUAUAGAUUAUUAGUUUUUUGAUGAAUUUGAAUAAUAUUGUCUAUUUCGGAUUCAAAAAUUUGGCAAAUAAAAGAAUUUGAACGUUGAAUUAUACAAUAAAGUCUUAUUAGAACGUAUUUAAUGUUAGUAAUGAUUUAUUUAUAUGUAAUGGAAGUAUAAAUAGUUUUUAAUAUUUUUACAAUUGCUGAUCACUGUUUAUGUGGUCGAAAAUUAAAAGGGUAGGUAAGAAAUACUGAGAAUAUUUUGUUACUUAAUUUUAGUGUUACAAAUGAAGAUAUAUACUUCUAAAAGUUAAUUUAUAGUAUGAAUGUAUCUUUGAGACAAAUUGUUCAACCAGUCUAUCUAAUUUUAGUACACAAUAUCAAAAAAGGGGUUGAUCAAUUUGAAUGGCUCCUUAUAAUUCCACUCAUUGUUAAUUAUUUUGUCAAAUUUUUGAAAGAAUUAAUGAAUUAAAACUAUUGUUAUCAUACUAAAACAUCUUAAAGCGAAUGAAUAUCUAUUAAAACAAUUGUUGCUUACUGUACCAAAAUACAAUUUCAUCAAUACUGUCUUUUAAAUACUAGUAGGGAAUUUUAGGAAGAUUAUUCAUUGUUUAAAAAUAUGUUUAUAGUCUGAUCAGGAGGCAUAUCGCUAUUUUGACUAAAUUUACUGUAUUAUGAGGAAAUAUUUUUGAAAUUGUACUUAUCCUUUGUAUAUGAAUGUAUAGAAAAAAUAUUUAAAUUA